UCCAGCCGGCACCCGCUCCACGGUACCGAAAGUUGCCAAGCACUUCACUAUUCUCCAUCCAUUUCUAAAUCUCCCCCCACCCGCCAUCUCUGACCUCCUCUCUCCCCUCUCCCUCUGAACAAGAACAAGAACAGCAAGAAGACGAGAGACCUCUCUUGCAGUCAAUAAUCCCAUAUUUACCUAGCUAGGCAGAAGAGAGACUUUCUUCCAUGGAUAAAUAAGAGAGACGUCUGAGUCCUGACUUGGCAUCUCCCCCCGUCUGAAACCCCAGCAGGCGAGUGCUCGUCUGCCGGUGCAAGCCACGAUCCGCAGCGGCGGCGGCGAUCUUUUCUCUCCGUCACCGCCGAUCAGGGAGAGAAGAGCGGCGGAUCAAGGCAAGAUUUGCAGGCGUCUUCCAGCCCAGACUUUGUCAAGUCGUGACAUGUAAGAUGACACUUCGACGUGUCCGACGAUGAGCCAUCGCAGCUGCAGAUUUGUAACAUACGGCAUGCUGUUCUGAAGUCCCGAAGGCCUACUCCGCUACUCACCAAACAGUUCUACUACUAUCUGGGCAGGGCAGAGAGGGAUGGUUCCCAACGACGCCGCGAGCCGCGGCGGCGAGAUCGUGGAGGUCGUCGUAGGCGAGCCGGCCUCGCCGUCGGCCGCAAUGCGGCUCAUGGACUUCAUCCCCAUCUACAUUCCCACCGUGGAGAAGGGAGCGCUGAGCAGGGGCGCGCGCAAGACGCGGUUCCUCGACUUCCUUCGCGCGCGCCCGUCCAAGGAGUGGUUCCUCCGGUCCACCUUCGUGGGGCGCCUCCGCCGCAGGAGCCAGGUCACGGCCGGGGAAGAUGAAGACGGCCCGGACUCCGACGGUAACGCCGGUGGGUGCCGGCCGCGGAGGAGGCGGCGGUUCCGCGUGCCGUUCGUGCGGAAGAUCAGGUGGGGCAAGCUGUGGACUCACGCGGUGAGCUGGUGCAGGCGGCCGGCCAACUUCGGGAUGAUCAUCUGGCUGGCGUUCGUCGCGGCGGGGCUGCUGCUGCUGUUCCUGCUCAUGACGGGGUUGCUCGACGACGCCAUCCCGGGGGACGAACGGCGCAAGAAGUGGUCGGAGGUGAUCAACCAGAUCCUCAACGCGCUCUUCACCAUCAUGUGCCUGUACCAGCACCCCAGGAUCUUCCACCACCUGGUGCUGCUCCUCCGGUGGCGCCCCGACGGCGACUGCGAGGCCAUCCGCAAGGUGUACUGCAAGGAGGGCGCGCCGGUGCCGCCGCGCGACCGCGCCCACAUGCUGGUGGUGGUGGCGCUGCUGCACAUCACCUGCCUGGCCCAGUACUUCUGCUGCGCUCUGUUCUGGAGCUACUCGCGCACCGACCGGCCCAACUGGGCUCUCAACAUCGGCUAUGGCUUCGGCACGGGGCUCCCCGUCGUCGCCGCCCUCUACCUGGCCUACAGCCCGCUGGGCCGGAAGCAGGCACGCGACCCGGACGCGGGGCCGUCGUCGUCGGGCGAGGAGGCGAGCCGUCACGGCGGGGCUCCGGAGAACGACGGCCGCGGCGUGGCGAUCAGGAUAUACAACCGGUCCGUGGUGGUGAGCAGGCCGGAGUGGAGCGGCGGGCUGUGCGACUGCUGCGACGACGGGACGGUGUGCGCGCUGUCGGCGACCUGCACCUUCUGCGUCUUCGGGUGGAACAUGGAGCGCCUCGGGUUCGGCAACAUGUACGUGCACGCCUUCACCUUCAUCCUGCUCUGCGUCGCGCCCCUCCUCAUCUUCAGCGUCACGGCGCUCAACGUCCACGACGACGACAUCCGCGACGCCGUCGUGGCAGUGGGCGUGCUCCUCUGCUUCUGCGGCUUCCUCUACGGCGGCUACUGGCGGACGCAGAUGCGGAAGCGGUACAAGCUGCCGGCAGGAGGCGGCGGGCGGCGGGCCGCGGUGGGCGACUGCGCCAAGUGGUUCUUCUGCUGGAGCUGCGCGCUCGCGCAGGAGGUGCGGACGGCUAACUUCUACGACUUCGACGACGAUCGAUUCGUCGGCCACGGGGCGCGCAACGAGGAGGGCCGCGCCGUGCUGGUGCCGCUGCCGCGGGAGGCGGCCACGUCGACGCACUCCCGGAGCCUGUCGUGCCCGCCCAAGAUUGACGCCAUGGCAGCACUGGGCGCACUGGAUGAGCAGAUGGUCGACGUCGCGAUGGGGAGGUCGGCCACGUACAACGGCUAUGGCGAUGCCAUGAGGCCGCCUUUGCCGCCGCUGAUACAAAUGGACAGGGAAGAGUAGUUGCUAUAUGUGGAUGUGUUGUAGCGCAGAUGAGCUCUCCGUGUGCUGUUGCUCGACGAUCUCAUGCUCUAUGCGCGAUUGGCUGCGCCCAACUUAAAACAGAACACCAUAAACGCAAACGAAAAAGGGGCAGUACUAUACAUAAAGAUUUCCUUAUGAGAACAUAAAGUUUUAUUA